UUCGUCCCGGAAUAUCACUAUAUUUUGUCACCCUUCCCUGCGGACAUGGUACAUUCCUCUCAGCAGCUCCACAUGUAUCGUAACUUGUUACCUCUCCAGAGCUCACUGUGCCCUUCCUCAACCCUGAUGUUUUACUGUUCUGCAUACAGAAGAAGCGACAGUGUUUGGGCUCGCUUUGGAUUAUAGCGGAUUAAAUCACAGUUACGGAAUUGAUUAGUGCGUCUUAACAGAAGAAAAGGGAGUGGACGUGUCGUGAAGCAGGGGUGUGUGUAUGUGUGUGAGAGGGGGAGAGAGAGAGAGAGAGACUGUCUGUCUGCAUGUGUGAAUUUACCAGACCCAGUAAAUUGAGAGUGUAAGAGUGAGGGCGCUCUUGGGGGCGUAGCUCCACAAAGGGGCAGAGUUUCCAGGAGGAAGCCGGACAAACAUGAGCAAAUUGACGUUCCACAACAACAAGACCAUGCAGGAUCGCCGUUGUGUGUGUGUGUUUCUCCCAAAUGAUGAAACACUCAACGUCAUUGUCAGUGUGAAGACUUUGUGUCAGGAAUUGUUGGAGCAGGUAUGUGAUCUUCUCCGACUGAAGGACUGUCACCUGUUUGGCCUCAGCGUUGUUCAGAAUAAUGAGCACAUCUAUAUGGAACUGGAACAGAAGCUGUCGAAAUACUGUCCUAAGGAAUGGAAGCGAGAAGCGAGCAAGGGAAUUGAUCAAUUUGGGCCCCCAAUGAUUGUGCACUUUAGAGCUCAGUACUAUGUGGAGAAUGGCAGGCUUAUCAGUGAUCGCAUGGCAAGGUAUUAUUAUUACUGGCACUUGAGGAAGCAAGUUCUGCAGUCCCAAUGUGUCCAGCGGGAGGAGGCCUAUUUCUUGCUAGCUGCAUUUGCUCUUCAGGCUGACCUGGGAAACUACAAACGAAAUAAACACUUUAACUCCUACUUUCAGCCUGAGUCCUACUUUCCUUCCUGGGUGAUCACUAAGAGGGGAAGAGAUUAUAUUCUGCGGCAUAUCCCUAAUAUGCAUAAGGAACAGUUUGCUCUCACCGCAUCAGAGGCUCAACUGAAAUACAUCAAACAAGCAGCACUCCUGGAUGAUGUCACUGUACACUACUAUCGCCUUUAUAAGGAUAAGAAAGAAUUGGAGGCAUCUUUAACUCUGGGGCUUACUCUGCGUGGUAUCCAGAUCUUUCAGAAUGUGGGCAGUGUCCGGCAGCUUCUAUAUGAUUUCCCCUGGACAAACGUGGGCAAACUUGUAUUUGUGGGGAAAAGGUUUGAGAUCUUGCCUGAUGGUUUGCCCUCUGCUAGAAAGCUCACCUACUACACUGGCUGUCCAUUGCGUUCCCGCCAUCUCCUACAGUUACUUAGCAACAGCCACCGCCUAUACAUGAACCUUCAGCCCGUGCUUAAACAAGUCCGACGCCUAGAGGAGAACGAAGAAAAAAAGCAGUAUCGGGAGUCAUAUAUUAGUGAUGCUCUGGAGUUGGACAUGGAUCAGCUGGACCAGCGAUCUCGUGCUAGCGGCAGCAGCAUGGGCAGUGUUUCACGCCAAAAACGUUUCUCACGUCACUCCACAACCAGCCACAGCAGCUCACACACGUCGGGCAUCGAAACCGACAGCUUCCGUACUCCAGCACACACACCACACCGGCCACUCCGCUCACACUCCUCCUCCAAUACCAGCCACGCCAGCACACACACUUCUGGUAUCGAGAGCAGUGUCAAGGAGCGAGGCCUGGAUGAUGAUGAGAUUGAGAUGUUGGUCGACGAUCCUAAAGACUAUGAAGAACUCACUGAUUUAGCAUUGGAGCUCAGUCAGGACCUCUGUAUUCACAUCACUGAGGACAUGUUAACAUCUUCACAAAGCAAUGGCUACUCGGGCCUAGUUGUGAAGGAAGUAAGCUCAUCAACAUCGAGUUCGUCUGAGACUGUGGUGAAAAUGAAAGGUCAAAGCAUUGAAUCACUCCCUCAGAUGGUGUCAGGCAGGAAAUCUCAGAACUCCACAGACAGGCACAGCCAAUCACUGGAUGAUAUCCGUCUGUACCAGAGGAAUUCCCCAGAGUGGGUGGAGCCCUCACAGGACUCUGCCCACAGUUACACAUUUGGUUGUGUGGAGGAGCUUAGCAAUGGUUACCAGGGAGUGGCGGAACAGCGGGUUGGUAUCUGUGAUGACCAACACCCUUUUCCCAUCAAAAGAACCAACAAGUACUUCUCUCUGGACCUGAGUACAGAGGAGGUGCCCGAGUUUGUUGUGUGAAGAGGGAGGAAAAUCAAAUCAAAGAAAAACAAAUGAAAAACAUGACUGAGGACAUGUAUUUGUGUGCUUUUGUCUGUGUGUGCAUGUGUCUGCAUGUGUGUAUAUGAGAGAGUGUGACUAAGGAUCAUAAUGCAAGGAAGCUGCUGAAUUUCGGACGAGAAAGAGAAACCGCAACGGUCUGUCUCAGCUGCUUUAGCCAAACCUGAACCCCUGAACCGUGCAUUACAUGCUGAUCAGAAUGAGAUGUUCCAUUUCAUGUUCAUUGUGUUGGGCUUUUCUAGAGUGGCUGUUUGGUUUCUUCUCUGAUAUUAGAAGUUCUGUACAAGUCUGUGAGGAAGUCAUUCUUGUCUUUGUGUGAGUGCAUAUAAGUGUUUUUGAUCAUAUAUGAGCUAUUAACCAAAGAUGAGCAGUCCGCAGCGUUCAAUAAGCAACUGAACACGCAAGCCAUAUCAUAAUAUCUAAUGGACAGGAAUGGUACUAGUAUGAAUUUACAUUACCAGGCAAAGUUUGACACAAUAUAUGAACAUUUUUCAUUGACAUAUUUUGAUAAAUGCUUAUAGUUAAAACGGUUUCUAAGACAAAUGUAACUAGUGAAAUUGAUGGCCAUGUAUGUAUCUAUUUCUGAAACAGGAUAUCUUUUUGGGGGGUAAAUUGUUUCCCAAAACAAGUAGUUUUCAUUUAGAACAUUUGAGAGGCAACCAAUAAGUGCUCAAAACUCAAAAGCACCUCCUGGUUGAAACCUUUACAUGACAAAACUGGUUGAAUAAAUGGCAAGACUGUGCAAAACAUUUAAAUUUAAAUAUUUCUCAUUUUUAUUGUAAAUUAGAACAUAUGACAAAAAGCCUCCCUAUGAGCAGGUUUGUCCAAACUGUUGGUUGGUUGUGUGACGUGUGUGAUGUAUGUAUUGUGGUGCUGGCUGCUCUAAUUGAACCGCCUGUGCCUUUGUUACACUAUGCAAAUUUCAGACCCUGUUACUAGGAUUCUCUCAAGUCUCUCAUUUGUGCACUAAGCACAUUUUUACCCCUAUGCCAAGGAAAGAUGCAGUGAUAAUUAAUGUCUGUGUGGUCACAAGGCUCUCAGUGAUGCUUGAGUAGUUUCUGCUCUAAUGUUCAACCAAACCAAGCUGUGGUUAGUUGCAAAAAUGCAAUCAUAAUUUUGUCUUCUUUAAUCCUAAAAUAACCAAACCACAGUUUUCUUGCAUCAUGAGCCUGAGAGGACAGAAUAUUGAUGUUGUGCACAUAGAAUAGGGCUGGUGAAGUCCUCCAAAAACAAAGGUUGUUUUAUCAGUCACCAUAGUUUUGAGUUUACACUUGAUCAACUGUCAGGCAAAGCAGUAAAGUGGAAAAAUUUAGGGAUAGAAAAAUUGCUGGAGUUCCAGCCUCAGUGGUGUAAGAAUGGGAAGGAUCAUAAAAAAAAGCCAAACUUUCCAAGACAAAACCCCACCAACCAGUCCUUUCUUGCUAAUCUAUAUUUACCAUAAGACAAUAAUUUGUAUGUUUGUCUAUUUUUUUCUAAGUGUUGGUAAUGUUUCAUUAAUUAUUUUUUUACAAACUGGAACUUUUUAUUUUAUGAGUAUUUUGUUAAACUGUUGUUGUCCAAAAAGCGGGAGCCAUGUCUUUUGGUUACAUUUGUUUUGUCAGUAUUACUCUUGAAUGGAGGUCAGUAUUAGAAAUCCCAGUUCUCCCAGUUUAAGCCAUGUGCUUGUGUUUAUUUUGUAUUCUCGGUAUGGAAUUAUUCAGUAACCUAUAAUCAGUAACAUAUCAAUAACUAAUGAAGAUUUUAUAUAUUUCAGGUGUUAAAGCUGCAUUGUGUUUCUGUGUGUGUGCUCAAAACAAACAACAACUUAGGUUUCUUUCGCAGUUUCUUUUUUUGGGUCAUCAGUAGCACUUAUAUAUUCUCUCAUGCAUGUGGGGAGCUGCUCAGGUCCACAUGCAGUCUGUUCCAUCAUAUAGCACCAUGGUGAUUUCCCUCAGUCUUGCAAUCACAUUAAUACUUCACAUUACUGAAGAGUAAUUAUACUUGUCUCCCUCUUUGUAUUUCUGACAACAAACAGUUGUUAACCCAGCAAUCAAUAUUGUAAAUGUUUCUAUACUGCAGUUAACAAGUUAAUGACCAACAAAUAAAAUGGGAAACAAAAUAUCCCGAACUCAGUAAUGAUUUACAAGUAAAUCACUGGACUGAAACAGACCUUACCAAUAAUAUCCUUUUUUCGAUCCCUUUUAAAUUUGUCUGUCUGCAGUUAUUAAAAUCCUUUCUAUGAAAGGAAAUGCCCUAAUUAAUAUUGUUUAUCUUCUUUUUGUAAACCUGUUACUUGAUGCUUAUGUUGCCAUAAUGAAGUGUGGUGUGUGUCUUGCAGGUACUGAUGUCCUCUAAUGUAUGCAAUAAAGGGUACCUUUGCAAGAAAA